AUGGGCCUGGCUUGCCGAAAGUUGCGCCAUGGCUCAGCGGAAGCCGGACAGCCAUUUCUGCCGGACACAAAUCCCUGGCGACUCUUCCAGUGCCUCAAUCAAGUUUGGCACGCGCUGGAGAGCCGUGCUCGUGGCAGCCAAAUUGAGAACCUUGCGCCUUCUAAUCUGACGUGGCUGCUGUGGAUUUCAAUAGAUCCGCGGAGCGGCAACAUCAUUCCUUACCCGAAGGAGGUGAGUAGACUCUUGGAAGCCGCACGCCAACGUGGUGAUGCGUGCGUGAGUCUGGGAAGCAGGUUCUUCGAUGCGCACGUGGAGUUGGGCCCUGCACCGAUGCAGCGCACAGGGCGGGGUAGCCGCGAUGUUCGUCGCUUCUCCCUGCCAAGCCCGACGGAGCCUAUUCGUCUUCACGUCGCGCACACGAGGCAUCGGUGGCGGAUCGUGGAGGCGGAUGCUGACAAUGCAGAGGAGCGGGUGGCUUCCCUGCCCGAGGAGGUGCUCGGCAGCGCCGAACUCUCGGAGACCGUCACGCCUCCGGCUGAGGCAUCGCCCAGGCCGCAGGAGGACGACACACAGGUGGGUCUCUGGCAGUGGUGCAAAGCCUUGCAAGUGGCUCCAGGACAGGCCGAGUUCCUGGAGGAGACUGAGUGGGGGCUCUAUGGUGAAGAGCAGAACACUGCCAUAGAAGCGGCUUAUCGUGCCGGACACGAGCAGGUAGACAUCACAGUCGGAGUACGUCAGUACCAAAUUGUUUUCGACUCACGGGAGGACCCUCGCCUGCGCAAACGGCGCUUGGUGCGGCGCCGCGGGGUCCACAGCGACGAGCUCCGCAGGCGCCUGGAAGAGGCGGUGCCGGUGCGAACCGAGCGGGACCAAGAUGAAUGCAUGCUUUGCUUGAUCGAGUUUUCAGCUUCGCCACAAAUGCCAGUGCCCUUGCUGUCGGAGGAGCGUGGACUGGUGCCGGACCAAAAGUCUUCAGAGCUCUCCGUGCACCCGGCCAAUGUGAGGAUACUGAGGAGAUUGCGUAGACUGGAGGGAGAGAUGAAGGACAGUGCAGGGGUAUCUCCCGUGCUCAGUCUGGACCAAUCCGUGGUGAGCAACCCAGCUCUGGCCAGGGCGCUUGCUUCUGAGAGUGGCAAGACACUGCCAGGCCGCGAGCCGUUGCUGCUGCAGCUAGGCAAUCACACUGCAAGAACUGCGACAACGCAAAGUGUCACAUCGCUUCAAGCGCAGAGGACAUUGGUGGCUUCAUCCCGCAUUGCCUCAGCCUUGGCGGCGGCUCACCUCAGCUGCCCAGCGCUGCUCCAAAGUCUCGAGGAGCGCACCUUGUGCAGAGACGUCGUUUCCGUGCUGCGCAAGCAUCGGCCAAUGGCAUUGCCACGAUCUCUCUUGUCGUAUCUGCAGCUGGCAGGUUGCUCCACCGACCGUGCGGAAGGUGGUACAGCUGCACGCGCUGUAAGCCGACAGCUGAAGGAACUCUUGCGGAUCGGACCGGACAGUCUUGCCCCGCUUUGGAUCCUACCGGCUGGCGAGUUGGCCGACAUUGUGAGCAGCCUUGCAGAAUUGCUUGGUGACCCCGAUGCCCUGGAGCCCCACAGCCGAGCGCGACUGCGAAGGAGCCUCCUUGCAGGUCUUUCUGCAGUCGAGUGCGACAGCAUUGGGGCUCCACCCCCGACUGGCUGGGCCAGGCCCUUGCAGGGAGCGGCAGGUGCUCCACCCACGGCGGCAGAGCUUGAGAUGCUGGUUGCCGGAGUUUGCUGGCUUUCGCGUGGUCCAAGCAAAGAAGUCGAGCAGGCUUGA